AUGCCUCGUCUUCCCGCCCCUGAUGCACAGCAACCAACUCGGAAGCGACAGGCACACACCAAGUCCCGGAAAGGAUGCGGCAACUGCAAGCUUCGGCAAAUUAAAUGUGACGAGCGAAAGCCGACUUGCAAGAAUUGCCAUCGCUUCGGAGUGUUAUGUAAUUACGGACAGAAGGCCAUUCCUGGCGAGGGCAUCCUUCAGGUUGCGAUGAAUGGACCUUACCAGAUGGGAAUUCUUCCCUCACCUUCUGCCAAAACAUCAGUCCUGGGCGCUCUAAAUGCAGCUUUACGAAAGGAGCCAUAUCUGGAUCACCAAAAUCCGAUUCUCCAACUGAAAAACGGGGAUUUGGACAUCCUAACCCGUUUCCAAUUCAGGACCACUCCAACCUUGGCAACGACCGGCUCCCAAGAUUUGUAUCAGAGAGAGGCGAUUCGUCUCGCCUGUCUGCACCCGUUUUUGAUGCAUCUAGCGUUGGGUAUCACUCUGGCACAUGAUCGCCACCUAGAGUCAUCGCCACCUACACCGCCAUCAACAGCUGAAUUGCACCAUUUAUACCGAGGGACUGCUAUGUUUAACAAGACCCUGCAGGGCCUAUUGACUUCUUCAGAAAAAGACGCUAUAUGGGCUUCUGUGAGCCUUUUAACUGCAUCCACUCUUGCGCAAAUCGAUGCCAAGGUGCCCGAGCAAGCCUGGCCACUUGUAAACCCCACCGAAAACGAGCUGGCCUGGAUGGUGGUGUUCGACGCGAAGCGACAGCUCUGGCGAAUCGUGGAUCCGAGUCGGGCAGAUAGCUGCCUCCGAGCCUUUGCUGAAGAAGGAUACUUCGGCCUCCACGCCUCCGGUUACCCUAAACCAAAACUGACCGAACUACCGGAGGAGGUGAUCCAACUGCUCGGCCUGGAUGGCAGUGAUACCACCUCCUAUAAUCCCUACUGCGUCGCUGCGAAUACGCUCGAUAAUAUACUAGCCGUACACAGUAGCCAGUCCACUGUACUGUGCUAUCUGUCAUUUCUAUGUCUCAUGCCUCAUGACUUCAGGUCAUUACUCCAGCACAAGGACCCAUAUGCAUUGAUUUUGAUGGCUUAUUGGUAUGCGCAUUUCAGCCAAUCUCGGGCAUGGCAUAUCUGGCGGCGAUGCAUUUUGGAAUGUCAAGCAGUCUGCAUCUAUCUGAAAAAGCAUCACAAUGACAUCCCAGGAAUCGACAAAAUUUUGCAGUUUCCUAGGCGGCUUUGCGAGGUUGGAAUCGUCUAG